AUGGCUGCUUCUCGAUCUACUCGUGUUACAAGAUCUACAGUGGGUUUAAACGGUUUGGAUGAAAACUUUUGUGGUAGAACAUUAAGAAACCGUAGUAUUGCUCAUCCAGAGGAAGUUUCACCCCACCCUCAAAUACGAUCAAGGUCACCAAAGAAGAGGCCAGAGUCUGUGCAAACUCAGAAGGGAAGUAAUGGUGGAAGAACUACUGAUUUGAAACAACAGAGUGCCCGAGAGUCAUGGGUGAGCCCUAGAAAGAGAGGGCUGUCUACGUCGGAAAAAGAUAAUGUGGAUAAACAAACUCUGGAAAAUUGUGAAAAAAAACAAUCAGAACCUGUGUCACCAGUUUUGAAAAGAAUUAAGCGCUGUCUGCGUUCAGAGGCACCCAACAGUUCAGAAGAAGACUUGCCUACUAAAACAGAGAAGGAACCAUUGGAGCAUAAAAGCUUAGUGUCGGACAAUGAUGCAGUCUCCACAGGGACUAAGCGAGCUUGUCGAUGUCUUAUAUUGGAUGAUUGUGACAAAAGGGAAGUUAAAAAGGUGAAUGUCUGUGCAGAAGGAUUUAAUAAUUCCGCAAUAGUUGACGAGAUCGCAAGCUAUCAGACUGUCAAUGGAGUUGGUGAGAGAGACUCAAAUUCUCGUAACUGUGAUGACUGUCAGCUUGAUGGGAACGCUAAGCAAAACAGUGCUGGUUCCUGUAUGCCCAAGGACAAAACGGUAGCAGAAAACGGAAACUCAUUUGCCCAUUCUUCGUUGUUGCUUAAUAGCAGCAAGGAGGACAGUGUUGUAGACCAUUAUGUGCCUUGCACAAACUCUCAAGAACAGGUAAAGUUAGAGGACCACAAAACAAUAAAUGACUGCUUGCCUGAGGAGCAUGCUAAUCAGGUAGAUGAGCCAGCUACAGGGUCCUUUUCUGAAAUCCAGUCAUCUUUGUUAAGGGAUUCGGAGGAGGAGGUGGAUGUUGUAGGAGAUAGUAGUGCCUCUAAGGAACAGUGUGCUGAAAACACCAAUAGCAACCCGAAUACUCAUCAUGACAGUGCAUCAAUCUCAGGUGAACCUGAACCACAUUCUUCAGUGCUGGACUGUGUUUCAGCUCAAAUGACAUCAAUGUCAGAACUCCAAGAACACAGAUAUACAUUGAGAACUUCACCACGAAGGGCUGCCCCUGCCAGAAGUAGCCCUCCUAAAAAUAACUCUCCUUGUAGAGAAAACGGACAGGUUGAGGAAAAUAAUCUUAGUCCCACUGAAAAGAAUGUACCUGUAGGUAAUAAUAAUAUGAAUGGAUCUCCCAAAAGGUCUGAAGAAAUUAAACAGAAUGAAAAAGAGAAAAAUUGUAAUACAGGAGAUCAUGGGAGUGAUGGACUAAGAAAGCCACUUUCUGAGGCUAGGCUUGUUGCUGGAUAUGUACCAUCUGCCAAAGAGAGUGCCAACAUCCACACUGCAGAGGAUGAUGAGGAAGAGCCUGAUGUGUAUUACUUUGAAUCAGAUCAUGUGGCAUUGAAACACAACAAAGAUUAUCAGAGACUGUUACAGACUAUUGCUGUACUCGAGGCUCAACGUACUCAAGCAGUUCAAGACCUUGAAAGUUUAGGCAGACACCAGAGAGAAGCACUGAAAGAUCCUAUUGGAUUUGUGGAAAGACUCCAGAAGAAGGUUGAUAUGGGUCUUCCAUAUCCUCAGAGAGUAGUUCAGCUCCCUGAGAUUGCCUGGGACCAAUACACCACUAGCCUUGGAAACUUUGAGAGAGAAUUCAAAAACCGGAAACGUAACAGUAGGAGAGUGAAGCUGAUUUUUGACAAAGUAGGUAUACCCGCAAGACCAAAAAGUCCUUUAGAUCCCAAGAAGGAUGGAGAGUCAGUUUCAUACUCUGUCUUGCCUUUAAGUGAUGGUCCAGAAGGUUCUACAAACAGUCGUCCACAGAUGAUAAGAGGACGACUUUGUGAUGAGACCAAACCUGAAACUUUUAACCAGCUGUGGACUGUAGAGGAACAGAAAAAACUUGAGCAAUUGCUUUUGAAGUAUCCACCAGAGGAAGUAGAGUCGCGACGGUGGCAGAAGAUAGCUGAUGAACUGGGAAAUAGAACAGCAAAGCAGGUUGCCAGUAGAGUGCAAAAAUAUUUUAUUAAACUGACUAAAGCUGGUAUUCCAGUUCCAGGAAGAACUCCAAACUUAUAUUUAUACUCCAAAAAGUCAUCAAGUAGACGGCAACAUCCUUUAAAUAAACAUCUUUUCAAACCUUCAACUUUCAUGACAUCUCAUGAACCUCCAGUUUAUAUGGAUGAAGAUGAUGACAGAUCCAGUUUUCACAGCCAUAUGGAUACUGCAGCAGAAGAGGAAGUAUCGGAUGAAGAGAGUAUUCCAAUAACAUAUCGAGAAUUACCCGAAUACAAAGAAUUGUUAGAGUUUAAAAAAUUGAAGAAACAGAAACUCCAGCAGAUGCAUGCAGAAAGUGGGUUUGUGCAGCAUGUGGGAUUCAAGUGUGAUAACUGCGGAAUUGAACCUAUCCAGGGUGUUCGGUGGCACUGCCAAGACUGCCCUCAAGAAAUGUCCUUGGAUUUCUGUGACUCUUGUUCUGACUGUCUGCAUGAAACAGAGAUUCAUAAGGAAGAUCAUCAGUUAGAACCUAUUUACAGAGCAGAGACAUUUUUAGACAGAGACUACUGCAUGUCCCAGGGCACCAGUUACAAUUAUCUUGACCCAAACUACUUUCCAGCAAAUAGAUGACAUGGGAAGCAGACCUACCAUCUUGGGCUUACUAUCCUCUUUGAAAAAUAACAAUGGCACCAUUGUUAAUUCUGUGCACAUUUUGGAAAGACUCUGCUUUCCCUGAAAUGUCGCUCACAGCAUGACAGCUUCCUGGGUGUACUUGUCAAACUACAGCUUUGAGCUGUCAUGGUUCUAGAUCACUGAACAGCAGCUGAACAUUCCUAGUGUGCAGAAGGUUUCACUGGGAGACUUCUUUCACCACAUUAGUCAUUUUUAGGUGGUGAAUCUAAACACAAAAGAAAAAGCGUACAAAAGGGUGAGCCAGAAACGAGAGCACACAUUCAAGGUAGAGUCAAUUCCAAAGGCUUUGGAGAACUUUGUUGUAAUGAGAUCCAGAGGAGAUGAAGUAUUUAUAUAAAAACAGUUUAGUAGCUUGCAGUUUUGUUGUGAAAUAGUUUUCAGCACAGUAACUGACUUCUUUAGGCAAGGUUUUAACCAAUGACAGUGUUUGCUUAUAGGAUGUUCUCUAAAAAAAUACUCACUGUCUCA